AUAUCAAUUUAGGAUCUUUACGGAAAACUUUUUAAUGUUACCUUUACGUUUAAAAAAUAUUUUAUUAAAAAUCAUAAAUGGAUCAUUAGUAGAUUUACCAACACCAUCAAAUAUUACAACAAUAUGAAAUUUUGGUUCAUUAUUGGGAUUAUGUUUAGUAACCCAAUUAAUUACAGGUAUUUUUUUAGUUAUACAUUAUACACCUAAUAUUCAAAUAGCAUUUGAUAGAAUUAUCCAUAUUUACCGAGAUAUUAAUAAUGGUUGAAUAAUUAAAAAUUUACAUGCAAAUGGUGCUUCUAUAUUUUUUAUCUGUAUAUAUUUACAUAUUGGACGAGGAAUAUUUUUUGGAUCAUUUAACUUUAAACCUACUUGAAUUACAGGAACAACAAUAUUAUUAUUAACUAUAGCAGCCGCAUUUUUAGGAUAUGUUUUACCUUGAGGACAAAUAUCUUUUUGAGGAGCUACUGUAAUUACUAACCUUCUAUCAGCAAUCCCAUAUUUAGGAGAAUUUUUAGUACAAUGAUUAUGAGGAGGAUUUUCUAUUAAUAAUGCUACACUAACACGAUUUUUUACUCUUCAUUUUAUUAUUCCUUUUAUUAUUGUUAUAAUAACAAUUAUUCAUUUAAUAUUCCUACAUAACACAGGGUCAAGAAACCCUUUAGGAACUAAUAGUGACAUUGAUAAAUUACCAUUUCAACCUUAUUUUCUAUUAAAAGACAUUGUAGGAUUUAUUUUAAUAUACUUUAUCUUAAUUUAUAUUAUUUUAAUAAAUCCUAAUAUAUUAGGAGACCCAGAUAAUUUUACCCCUGCUAAUCCUAUAAUUACACCUCCUCAUAUUAAACCUGAAUGAUAUUUUUUAUUUGCAUAUGCAAUCCUACGAUCUAUCCCUAAUAAAUUAGGGGGUGUAAUUCUUCUUCUAAUAUCUAUUUUAGUAUUAUUAAUUAUACCUUUUUAUAAAAUAAUAAAUUUCAAAGGAUUAAAUUUUUACCCAUUUAGACAAUUUCUAUUUUGAAUAUUUAUUAGAAUUGUAUUAAUACUAACAUGAAUUGGAAUAAGACCUGUAGAAAAUCCAUUUAUUAUUGUUGGACAAAUAUUAACAUUAGUAUACUUCUUUUAUUUUUUAAUUUAUCCUACACUAACAAAAAUGUGAGAUAUUUUAUUAAAUUAAAUUAAACCAACAAAUCAAUGAACUUGAAUAAGUUUAUGUCUUGAAAACAUAAUAUAAAAGUUUUAAAUCUUUUAUUGAUUUAAACUUAAAUAAUUAAAUUUUUAAUAUAAUUUAUAAUAAAAAACAAUAAAAUAUAAAUUUUAAACCCAUAAAUAAAAUUAAAUAAUUUAAUGAAACAGGUAAAAUUUUUUUCCAAGCCAUUAUCAUCAAUUUAUCAUAACGUAAACGAGGCAAAGUUCCUCGAAUCAAAAUAAAUAAAAAUCUAAUAAAAAUAAUUAUUAAAUAAAAUAUUAAACUAUAUAAAUCACCUCCUAAAAAUAUCAAAACAAAUAAUAUACUUAUAAAUAAAAUUCUUGAAUAUUCGGAUAAAAAAAUUAAUGAAAAUCCUACACCUCUAUACUCAAUAUUAAACCCAGAAACCAAUUCAGACUCCCCCUCAGAAAAAUCAAAAGGUGUUCGAUUUGUUUCAGCUAAACAAAUAAUAAAUCAAACUAAAUUUAAAGGAAAAGUUAAAAAAAUAAAUCAAAUAAAUUCUUGAUAUAAACUAAAUAAAGUUAUAGAAUAACCUUCAAUUAAAAAUAAAAUUGAUAAAAUCACUAUAACUAAACUAACUUCAUAAGAAAUUGUUUGAGCAACAGUACGUAA